AUGAUAUACAGUGCCGUAGUUUGCACACCAAAUACUAUAUUCUUGGGCCAUACGUUGGCCAGUUCAUCAGUUAUCAUCUAUUCCAACACACAAAACCACUCCUCAAAUGCAGUCACCGAUACCAAUAAUUGUAUCAACCCCUUCGUCUAUGUUGGCCAAUAUCUCAACAUUGUCGGCCCAGCCAAUUCGCUGAAACUCAAUGGAUUGGCAGAUAGGCUAUUAGUUACCAGUAUCAGUGGCCACUUUACAAUAUUGGAUUCCUCGCAUGAUAUGAUUGAACGCAUUAGGUCGUUGUUCCAAGACCACCAAUACAAGCAAGAUUAUAUACCAGAAGCAAAGAGACUUGGCCUAGUUUACCAUCAUAUCCCUCAACACUUGGGCCAGACCGAUUUUGCAUCAUUUCUCCCCGAUGGACGAUCACUACUAGUUACAGGAAGAACUCUUACAGAUGGGCUAUAUCUGUUUUCGUGCCAAAACGAUUCGCAGUACACGAGGGAAGUGCUAAACCUUCCUUUGGAUGGCAUUGAUUCUUUUGGACAGAUCACUGAUAUCACUAUCAGUGAUAACUACUUAGCCUUGGCAAGCUCUACGUCACAUUUGCUGGUGAUUGACUACGUAAAGUGUGUUACUAUAUAUUCGCAGAAACUCUCAGACACCUUUGCUGAAAUCACCUCGUUGCAUUGGAGACCUAGGAACAAUAAAUCAUCGCAUUUAUCAUUAGCGGCGGCUAUGUGCGAUGGAUUUGUAAAAAUUACGUUUUUCAAAUCGCAUCCCAGUACCAACAACAUAUAUUUUGACACAACAGUACAAUAUAAGCUUGUCGAGUUAGGCACUAUUAGGAAGGUUUUGUGCAGGGAAUACGACAUACUAGCCGCCGCUGCGGGCAAUUGUUUGCUUGAUGACAAGGUGAUUAGGGAGGAUUUUAUUGAUGGUAACAAAUGGCAAUUUUCUGGCAUAAAUCGCACACACGAUGCGAACCAACUCACUUCACAAUUUGGGUUGAUUUUACAGCGAUAUAAAGAUGGCAAAACGGCAAAUGAGCGACUUAGCGGCCAUAUACACCAUGAGCCUAUACUGGAUUUCUGUGUUUCGGGAGAUAUGAUAAUUUCAUGCUCUAAAAGCACUGUAAUUGCCAGUAGUGGCAAAUUGGUAUUUAGAUUAAACUCUUGA